CCAAUGUUCUUUCAGGUGCUUGGUUAAAACUGAACUCUUUUACCGGGCUGGGGUUUUAAUUCUAAUCUGCACUUUCAAUAAAACAAUCCGAAUAUUGAUGAAAACAUUCUUUUAAAUCUCGGUAAUACUGCCGGUAGGUUGGGAGCGCUUACGGCUGUUAUGUUACUAACCUUGAAGGAAUAUAUAAAUAACUUGCGGAAGGCGGCCGGCGUGUUUUCUUUUCUUGACAAGUUGCCUGUGUCCAGUCCGUCAGUAGUGAAACAUGGCGGCUUUUCAACUAGAUUCAUUGAAGAAAUUAGUGUAUACUAUUCAUAAGUGUUCCAGUUUUUCAUCUACAUAUUUUCCAGAGAAUAUACAAGAAGAUAAGUCGAACGAUCAGUCAUCUAGGUGGUCAUCUGAUACCAACAAUCAUCCGCAGUUCAUAACAUUGAAACUUCAAAGGCAUUCAAUUGUGGUUUCCAUUACUUUUGGGAAAUAUGAAAAAACUCACGUUUGCAACCUCAAGAAAUUUAAAGUGUAUGGUGGAUUGUCUGAUGAAAACAUGACUGAAUUGUUGGAAAGUGGUCUCAAAAAUGACAGCACAGCAGAAACCUUCCAUUUGAGACACACAGUUGGAGACAGACCUUUCCCUUGCCGAUAUAUUAAAAUUAUGCCUUUGCAGUCAUGGGGACCUAGUUUUAAUUUUAGCAUUUGGUUUGUGGAACUCACUGGUUUGGAUGACUGGACUAUUGUGAAACCUUGUCUUGAUUGGUUUAACACGUAUCGAGAACAAGAGGUUGUAAGACUAUGUCUCAAACAUUUUCGGCAACAUAAUUACCAUUCAGCAUUUGAAAGUUUGCAAAGGCAUACACAAGUUAAGUUAGAAGAUCCUCUUCUGAGUGAAUUGCAUGAAAUAUUGGUUACGAAAGGUGACUAUGAAGGAACAGAACACUUCAUGGAACAUUCAGUCUCCAGUGGUUUAUUCAGUCAGUACAUUGGGCAACAGGAGUAUCGUCCUGUGUGGCAGCCCAUGCAGCUGGCUGACACAGAGACUCAGCCUGGCAUGAGAGGAGGCCACCAAAUGUGCAUGGAUCCAUACAAUGAAACUAUCUACUUAUUUGGUGGUUGGGAUGGAAAUCAAGAUCUUAGUGAUUUGUGGGCUUACCAUGUACCGACCAAGAAAUGGACCCUUGUUUCGAAAGACACUGAAGCAGAGGGAGGUCCUAGUGCUCGUUCUUGUCAUAAAGUGUGCCUGGAUCCUGAACAAAGGCAAAUAUUUACUCUUGGGAGGUAUCUUGACACACAAUAUAGGACACCUGAGAAUCUCAAAAGUGAUUUUUAUGUGUAUGAUAUUGAAAACAACCGGUGGACAUUAAUCACUGAAGACACUGGGACUAUGGGGGGACCUCAGCUGAUUUUUGAUCAUCAGAUGUGUAUAGAUGUAGAGAAGCGAACUAUUUAUGUAUUUGGUGGAAGAGUUUUAACUCCACCUCCUGGAAUGGCAGAUGAUAGACCAGGUUGUGUUGGUUUGGUGGGCACAUCUGAUCCAAUAUUUUCAGGACUUUAUUCAUAUCAUGUUCCUACAAAUACAUGGACAAAGCUAUGUGACGAUUGCAGUCGACCUAGCAGUCCAGGGGUACCAACCAUUCGUUCACGUGUGGGACAUUCAAUGUUGUUCCAUCCUGGUUGCAGAAAAUUGUUCAUCUUUGCUGGUCAGAGAAGUAAAGACUACCUUAAUGACUUCUUCACGUAUACUGUGGAUACUCAUGAAAUUCAACAGAUAUCUGAAGGAGCUAGAAGGGAAGCAUGUAACAUUCCAGCUGCUGGAUUUACACAAAGGGCAACCAUUGAUCCAGAUUUAAAUGAAAUAUAUGUGUUAUCUGGCCUAAGUAAAGACAAAGAAAAAAGAGAUGACAAUGUACAAAAUUCAUUUUGGGUGUAUUAUAUUAAACAAAACAAAUGGUCGUGUAUAUAUCGGAAUGAAAAUACAGGUGAACAAUAUUGGAAUAAAAUGCAACAUUUGGAACCCUGUCCACGAUUUGCUCACCAAUUAGUUUAUGACCCUGUAAAUAAAGAUGUCAUCAAGUUUGAGGAAAUAGCUCUCAAAAAUAGAAUGGCAGCAUUACAUUAUCUCCAAACAAGUCUGUCAGAGAUAAUUGAUCAUGAUGAUCCUGAACAAACAAAGGAGUUUCAGUUACUGACUUCUGUUCUUUUCUGUGAUCAAGAUCGUGAGCCAUCUGCAAGAACGGACUCGAGUGUAGAUGAAUUUGAUGUGGACUGCCAUCACAGACGAUCACAACUUUAUGACCAGCUCAUCACCUUCUUCCCUGAAUCUAUGACUCAGCCAAAAGGAAACUUGAUAGAUUUGAUUUCGUUGUGAUGUGACAAAUCGUUAUUUUUAAGAAACUUACAAUGUACAAUAGUGUGUUAGUGGUAGUGAGCAAUAUUCAUUUUGAAAACGCUGUGCUGCAGUAUUUUCUUCAAUUAUUAUUUAUGCAAAGCAUUAGAUAAUAGUCCAAAGGCGGUUAACAAAUUCCAGACAUUUGCUUUCAGAAGCAUUUGAUAAUAUUUCCAGACUUAAAACAAGAUUGCAAGAUUAAUUUCAGACCUUGCCUGCAUGUUUUGCAAUACAGUUCGGCCUAGAGGGUGUUGCUUCUCUUCUACACACUUGAUAUGCCUGUGUAGCAACUAAUUAUGGCUGUGUUUCAAGGAAAAUGGGAAAAUGCAGGGUAUGGAUGUUGGAUUAAAGAAUGGAUUUCUAUACGGUGUGGGUAUCUGCAUUCAUGUACAGAAUUCUAGAAUGUUCUUUGUUACUCAAAGUUCCUGUUUGUUAUGUUUUUUGAAGUUUUAUGUUCAUAUUUUCUUUAUUUAAGAUUUACUUAAUGUUGGAGACCACUCUCAAGUGUUUCUCAUUAUUUGUUUAUUUAAAAUAUUAAAUUGUGCUAUUGCUACAUUAUACAGAGGACAAAUCCUUGUUUAUUGUGGUGUCUCAUCAACACUUUCAUACACUUGUGCAUUGCAUCAUUUGUAUAUAAUUGUACUUACAUUGUCUCUGAAUGUGACAUACUAGAUUAGAAAUCUGUUGUUCCAGAAUGAUUCAGCAUAUGAGAUUGUACACUAAAUUAUAGGUUAGUGCUAGUGAUUUAUUUAAAGAUGGUCAGGGAAAAUUUCUUGGCUUGUAAAUGAAAUGUAUGAAAGUUGCUUCAUUAUGUGUUUGUUUUGUACAUUAUAUCCUGAACUUGUACAAAAUACUUUGCAAAACAAUGAAAUGCUUUUUAUUUACUUGUUUAUUUGCCAACUUUUGUCUCUUAACAUUUUUCUACGUCAAUCCUAAUUUUAUUGAAUUAGCUUUGAUAUGUAAAUUGCAAAUGGAAAUGAUUGUAUAUAAAUUGAAGUACAUAAAAAUAAUUUAAUUUUUAAAUUUGUUUCAAUUUCAUCUUGUACUAAUUGUGAGAGGUUAUAAUACCUGAAUUCCAUGGAUUUGAAUAAAUGUCACAUGUAAUUUUCAGAACAUGUGCAGAUUUCUUUCUGAAUGUUCAGAACCAAAGUAAAUGUUACCUUAACAUUUCAUCAAUAAAAAAAAAGGAAAUAAUUAAAUGUAGUUUCUAGUUCGCUUUAAUCAAUUUAAU